GAUUAAUAUGGCUUGGGAGCAACAAUGGCAAAUUUUCGGUUAAAUCUACAUACAAAUAUGCUUGGGAGUUGAUCUUUGGCACUCAAUAUCACGCCCAUGAUCAAUUCCUGAAACCAGUUUGGAAAGUGCAGAACAAAUAAGGAGUACCAAUGGUAUUAAUACCCAGAAUCCGUUAAUGAGUGGGGAGAAACUUGCGAUUCCAUUGCCAUGCACAUGCUUUGACAAUGUUAACAAUGGGAUUGCUUCAGUGUACUCGUCAUAUGUAGUGCAAAGGGGGGAUAGUUUGGCCAGCAUUGGGGCUCAAUUUGGAGUAAGUACUAUGAACUUGGUGGCAGUGAAUGGGCUCAGCCAGCCGGGAGUUGAUCCUGGAGACAUACUCUCCAUCGCAAUUGCAGCAUGUUCAUCUGCAAACCUCAACUGGUACAAUGAGAGCCUAAUUGUUCCCAAUGGAUCAUAUGCUCUUACUGCCAACAACUGCAUCAAAUGUUCUUGUGGACAGCAUGACCUCAAUUUGCGAUGCGGGCCCUCUGGUAUUGAAACCACAUGCUCUCUGUUAUCUGAGCUUUUUAUUGGCGACUCACAUGUGGAUCAGACGGCUACAGGGUGUAACAUCACUACUUGUGUUUACCGUGGCCAUCUUGGUGGCAAGAUUUUCAGAAGUUUAGCUAAUUCUUCUCAAGCUCCUUGUCCAGGUAAGUGCUCUUCUUCUGAUAUCCCAAUCCUACAUUGGAAAAAAGUGCAAUUAUAAGUGGUGUAUGAGGGGUUUCGGCAAGAGUUGUUUCAGAUUUAAGGAUAUCUGCCUUAGCCUUCUUACUGUGCCAAGUCAAAGCUAUAUUUGUUUAAUAAUUGAUUUUGGUGCAGGGAAUCAAAGUUCUAACGCAGCAUCACCAUUUUCAUUUGAUCCUGCAGUCCCAUCCAUCGCAAUAUCUCCAUCCCCGUCACCAUCUAUUUCACCUUCUAUCGGCGCCCCUGCGCCAAUGAGUGGACAAAAUUUCAACGUUUCUAGCAAUGGAAGAUUGCUGGUUACAGCUGUCUUUCAGUUUACUACCCCUACAGCUAGGCAUUCUCUUUCUCUUGUGAUUGUUCUCUCUCAUUCUUUUAUAAAAAAAAUAAAAAAAAAAAAAUUAA